CGGCAGCUCUUCAUCCUCCCCCAGCGCUGCAUCUCCCUGCCUCAGGCACUGGGCUGGCAAGCUGGCUUAGGGGCAGGUUCAGGGGCACCAGGCCGGCUGCUCCUGCUGUGUCUCCCCUGGCCUCUCCCUGCCACGCUCGGGCCCUGCCCCAUGGAUGUCCGGGCACUGAGCGCUGUCUCCGGCUGGUUUCCUUUUUGCAGGCAACCGUGGCACUCUGGAAGAUCCUCCAUCUGCUCUGCUGCACACGGGCAGUGAGGGAGUGUUUCCCCAACCUCUUUGUGCAUCUGCUCUUCCAAGUGUUCUUCAGCACAGUGCAGAUGCCGGAGGAGGUUGACACCCUGUGGAGGGAGUGCCGGAAGCAACACAGCCUUCCCACCAAGCCCAACAGGUUUGCAGUGCUGACCCUCAAAGCCCUGCUGCACCGUCUGCGCUGCGAGAGCGUGGUGGUGGCACUGGAGCGCAAGUGUGGCUGGGACACGCUCCUCAACGCCGACACCCACCACUACGCAGUGGGUCUGCUGGCCAGGGAGAUGGGCUCUUUCUGCACCCCCUGGUGUUGCAGCAUUGUGUGCUGCCUCCUGGAGCUGCUCAGCGAGGAGAUGUGUCCCUGGGAGCUCCCUGCCAUGGUGUUCCUUGUGGAGGCCCUGGUCUACCUGGACGUGAGGGAGUGCGGCGAAAGCGUCCUGCAGAUCCUUUCAAGGCACCUGUGGAGCGAGUGCCCAGAGAUGCGCCGCCAAGUGCUGAGGGGCCUGGUGGUGCUCAGCCAGGAUGCCGUGACGGCCAAAAGAAUGGGCAGCCUGACUGAAAGCCUCGUGCAGCUCCUGUGGGACGCAGAUGGAGAGCUGGUCCAGAGGACUGUCAGCGUCCUCGGCUUUCUGCUCUCCAAUAAAGACAUCCAGCUCUCCAGCCCCACCGCCCUGCAGCUGGCUGAGGCGCUGCAGCCGCUCUUCGACAACGCUGACAGCAGUGUGCAACUGUCCUCCAUCCUCCUCUUCCGUGGGGUGAUGGUGACAGGGGAGAAAGAGGGAAAAAAGGCCCUGAAGCCACACGUGCGCCAGAGCCUGCUUCCACUCUUCUUCCACUGCCACGAUGAGAACCACAGAGUGGCAGAGGUGAGUGAGCACUUGUGGGCUCUGGUGUCCCCGUGGCAGGGGGCUGGGCUGCCUCCUGCCCUGGCACCUGAUGGGCUCCAGCCUCCUGCUGGCCUUGCUCCAGGGACACGGCUCCUUUGCCCUGGGCCGUGGUGCCAUCUCCCAGUGCUUGUUGCUCUGCAGGCCUCUGGGGAAGCGCUGCUUUGUGUGGCCAGCUUCCUGAAGAGAAAGGACCUGCAGAAGAUUGUGAAGAGGAAGGAGCUGUGGAUGUUCAGCGAGUGCCUGCUGCAAAAGGAGCGGAGUCGAGCGGCCGAGUACCUGCGCCAGGCUUUGCCGUACCUGGAGAGCCCACAGGAGCCCCUGCGAGAGGCGGCCAUCAGGUUCAUUGGGAUGGCCGGGAGGUACCUGCGGGGACAGCCCGUAGAGCUGCAGGACAUCAUCGAGAUUCUUCAGGGUCUGAGGAACGACACCAGCCCCGCCAUCUCAAGCCUGGCGCUUCAGAGCUACCGUGUGCUCGAAGCUGCUGAGAGAGCUGCAUCCCCCCAGGUGCAGCAGCCGCCAGACUGGCUGUGCGGGGCCUGCACGAGCUGUCCUGCUCUGCGGGGCAGUUUCUGGCUGUGCUGCCUGAGCUCUGGGGAGGCUUGAUGUGGGAAGCGGUGUCUGCUGGGGCCACGUGAGCCUGCGAGGAAGACCCCUGCUGUGGAAGCACUUCCCUCUAGUCCAGCAUAGGAAUAUAAAAUUCCUCUUGCCACACA